AUGGGAGGCGGCCUUCGCGAGCCUUUCGAGCCUCGCCUUCCUGGUACCGGCCUUGGCGUGCUGGCGCAUGGGGAGGACCUGGCACACUUUCAUGUUCGUCCUCCUGGCCGUGACCUGCUCCUCUUGCCACUUCUGCGCCGCCCCGAGCGGCUUCGGAGUAUGCUCCCCAGGGUCAGCGGACUGGUUCUCCGCCCUGCGCACGGUCUGGGGCUACUUCUGCCUGCUGCAGACCGCCCUGGCGAUGCUGGGCCCCGAGGCGCGCCGGGGGCCGCGCCGCCCCAGGACGGGCACAGCCCCACCGCCCUGCUCCGGUUUCGGUCCCGCAGCCGGGCGCCCCUGGACGUGGUCGUGCUCUGCCGCGUCGUGCCGCUGGUGCUGCUCGGCACCCUCAACCUGACCCGCCGCCACGCUGCGUGGGUCCAGGUGCAGUGGGACAACAUGCUGCUUGUGGAGCUGCUGCUUGUCGCCUGCACUAGCCUCUUCUGGACGGAUCUGCGGAGGCGCCCCCACGCUGCCGCCCUCCUGCGGCUCAAGUACUGGAGCAGGCUGCUCCACCACGGGCUCGUGCCCGCCGCGGUGCUGUUCUGGCUCUUUUGCUUCGCCAACUUCGCGGGCCACCGGUCGCUGACCCCGCUGAUGCACGUCGUCGUGGCGGGCUACGCGGCCUCGGCCUUCAAGGCGGCCCACCCGGACCCCGCCGAGAGGCCCACGUGCGCGGACGUCCUCGACACCUCGGUGCAGAGCAACCCGCACGUGUCACACGCGCUCACGGCCAGCGUGGCGAUCGUCUUGGUGCCCAGCCUCCUGGUCGGCUCCGUCUUCGACUGGUGCGGCCGGGGCACGCCGGCGUCGGCGGGGGGCCUCGCGGCGGUCACCGAGUGCGAGCAGGCCUGGCGCGACAUCGGCUCUGACGACGACCUCGAGGGCUGGCACCAGGUGGGGCAAGCUGGACGAGGGCCUAUGUGCAGCAAGUGCGGCUGCAAGAAGAACACCAAGGGCAGCAAGUUCUGCAAGGCAUGCGGCCACAAGCUCUCGGACAUCAGCCCAGCCGUCGCUGCUGAACCCGCUGGUGUCUGGAGCGAGCAGCGCGGGCAACAGCACGGGGAUGCCGAUGGCAAAGACGGCAAAGGGUGGCCCUCUGUGGAGCUCGAGUUCCACGAGCUGGAGCAGUUGGUGGCCACGUUGGAGAAGCUGGGGGACACGGUCAGCCUCGCGAAGCACAGGCGCACCCUUCAAGAGCGGCGCCGACUCCAGCAGGAGGCGCUCUACGUGCCGCCGUUGUCGCAGAGGGUCAUUCAGGCCCACAAGCAGGUGCAGGACGUCGCGCAGGAGCUGGGGAAGGCGGUUUUGCACUUUGAGCGGCUCGAGGAGGGCCUCGAGAGCCAGCGGCGGUGGGUCCAAUCUCUUUGCGAGGACAUGGAGUCGAAGAAGGCUGAGCACCGAAAGCUGGUGGUGGAGCUCAAUCGUCAGGUGGUCGACAUUAGCCAGGAGUCAACUCCUGCAGUUGCCCCCAUCAGCGUGGCUGGCAUCUUAGACGGCUCCAUCGAGGAGAUCCCUCUCUCGUUUGCUGGCCUUGGGUUCGACGACGCUGAAUAUGAGAUGGAUGCAAAUGACAAGAAGGAGCUGGCAGAUCGCAGCGCCCGCCUCAAGAGUGAGCUGUCCAACGCGGUCAAGCAAAUGUUCGGGCAUGCGGCUGAGAAGGCCAAACUCUUCAAGGAAGAGCAGGAGGCCAUGGCACUACGGCUGGCUGGCAAGAGGCGGCGACAGGGCUCAGGAUCAGCUCCGAGAGGCACGGACGGCGAGGCAGCGGACGCCGACGCGACGGCAGCUGGAUCUCUUCGACCAGCUGACCGUUUCUGGAGCAACAAGACCGUGGACCUCGACUGGCCUCAGGUCGGGGGGUUCUGGGUCCCUGCCCUUGAUCGUCCAGACGAGGGCACGUCGAUGAUUGGAAGGCAGUACUGCAAGCAGCUGCACGCCGAGCCCGAGGCAGUCAUGCCUGAGCCCAUGGGGCAGAGGCCCGAGGCUAUGGGGCUUCCACCGGAUGUUGCAGAUCCUGCUCGGCAGCAGGCCAUCCAGGACUUCGCUGACAUGAGGGCGGACCUCAGGGACUGGGCUGCCGCCUGGUUUGACUCUCACACUGAGCUGGAAACCGACAGCGGGCACUGGAGGCGCUGGUGCAAGGCUUUCCUGGGCGCGAUGCUCGCGGACGGCGGGAACGAGCCGCUCAGGCGCCUGCUGAGGAGCUGGUUUCCAGGCUGGGACUUGGACAACAUCCUGGACGAGCUUUGCCUCAGCGGCUGGAGGCAGUCGGAGCCCCGCCGCAUCGCCUUCCUGGACAGGCUCAACAGAGCCCAGCCUCUGGAUCGGUGGCGGCUCGAGCACACGCACUGGAGGCACCUGGCGCAGAUCAGGGCGAUGGACUACGUCGACAACCUGACGGCGAAGCUGGUCAUGCUGUCGCACGCGCCCUCGUGGCAGCUUCCUGGCGGCAGAGUCUCGCCCAGCCAAGCCAACCUGAACGUGGAGCAGCCUCCGAUCACCAAGGGGGACGUCCUGUCACAGCUGGAGGGGCCGCCUACGCUCUGCUUGGCCAAGCUGAUGGACGACUUCGACGGGCCCAUCCCCCUGGUGGACGAGUUCCUGGCGGCGGCGCGUGCUGGCGGCCCUGGCGGCUCGCCAAGGCCUGCGGCUGCGCAGCCUGCAGCGGGCCGAGCAGCUGGCGCGGCUGGGCCUGCGGGCGGAGCGGCGGCGGCUUCGGCGAGCGCCUCGGCCACCUCGGGCGCGGCGGCGGUGCAGCCCGUGGUGCGCGAGGGCGUGCAGGAGCUCUUCGUGCCCGCCCUGGAGGGCGUCCUCCGCGCGCACGGCUUCGCGUCGGCGGAGGACGCCCGCGCCCGAGGGCGCGAGGCAGCCCUGGCGCGCGGGGAGCGGGGCCGCGCGCGGGAGCUCGGCGCUGCGGCCCCGCGCGCGGCGAGGAGGCGGGGCCAGCGCUGGUGA